AUGCUUUGGACUAUUCUCUUCAAUCGAUUUUGUUACAACAACAACAACAACUACUACUUUUACUAUUUCAUUGUUAUCAAUUUUUUUCUUUCUAUGUAUAUUCAUUCAAACACAGAGAUAAAUCUACCUGGUGGACAUUUUGAAAUAGAAAUUUAUUACACAAAUCUAGAAUCAACUACAAGCAGUGGAUUUUACUGUGAUUGGCAAUUGCAUCGAUGUGAUGUUUAUAUAAUUGUGGGAUUGUAUGAGUUAGCUGACAAUAACUCAAGGCAAUUAAUCCAUGUGAAAACAGAGACUAUUGCGGACACUGCAAAAUUUCACAUUAAAGUAUCUGAAAAAAUAAAUGAACGAUUACCUGAAAAAUAUAGAUUAGAUCUUUAUGUCUACGAUGAAGAUGCUUUGGGUGAACAUGAUAUAAUUACCAUCGCUACAGGAUUGUAUCAGCCAGAAAAAACCAACGUAUUUCAAACUAUUCCAUUAAAUUACAGUCAUAUAAGUGACUCUUUCAGCCUUGGCUCAUCAAUCAGACUAACGUGUAAUUCAAAUUAUUAUGGGAAUAAAUGUGACAUAUUCUGUUCACCUCAUCCAUGGGCAUACGAUUGUGACAAGAAUGGACGAAAAAUUUGUUUGCAUGGUAGACAUGGUGUCAACUGUGACAUUAUUGACUACUGCCAAAUACAUCCUUGCCCCAAAAAUACACGCUGUAAAAAUUUGCCGAGGGAACAUCGUCGAAAAUGCAUUUGUAAAAACUAUGAAGGUCCCGAAUGUCAUUCAGUUUACUAUUCUUGCGAAAAGUCGCCAUGUAAGAAUGGUGGUCGUUGUACACUACUACGUGAACUGAUAGAGGAUAAUGAUGCUGAAGGGUUCAUAUAUACUAAUCAAGGAACCAAUGAUGAUGACGAUGAGACUAUAUGUAUUUGCCCGGACAACUGGAGUGGACCAUUUUGUACGCAACCAGUUAUUGAUUGUAUAUCGGAAAACGAAAAGUACAAGCUUUCAACUAUGCGCUUGACAAAUCGCUUUUGUUUAAACGGUGGAGUUUGUAUCAUUCAUCCUGGUAAUUCGAGUCCACGAUGUUCCUGUCCACCAGAAUGGGAUGGAUAUUUUUGUGAAUUAAAUAAAAGUUGGUCAGCUGGUAGAAUGUUUGGAAUAGCGUUCUCUAUUAUUUUUGUGAUAUUUCUUAUUCUAGUCAUUGGAUUCUUUGUUUGGCUGUGUUAUAUGUCUAGACAUCCAAAUAUUCCACAACAUCCAGCAAUUACAUAUCUAUCAAAUUUCCCCUAUAAUAGUACUAUCAGUGAUAAUGACAGUCAUGAAAAUACACGAGUUUACAUGAAACAUGAAAAGAUAUUUGAUAUUCCAGAAAGUAAUCAUUCCCUUGUUAAAUUGAGUACAUUUGGUGAUAACGCAAAUUCACAGAUGGAUACACGUAAAAUCGAAAAUCUUUACGAAGUCCCUUAUACAACAAACACAGCAAAACAGAAUGAUGGUAAUUUUAACUCUCUAGAUCGAAAUGAAAGUCCAUUUACAACUAUUCAAAGUAUUGAUGAAAACAUUUACGUUAAUUAUAACACUUUGAUGUCCAAAGAACUAAGGAUUGGUUUAGAAGACAUUCGAAGGGUUGAACAAAUGCUCGAUUCUCUUUCGUCUACUGGGGGAAAUUUAUCGUCCAUAGAGGCUUUAAAUGUAAAAGAAGUAGUUCCUGAAAGCAAUGUAAAGAAGUCGAUCUUACCACUUGAUCUUGUCGACAGUGAAUUAAGUGAUGAGUGUGAUAACAAUGUUGAUUCUCCACCUUCAAAUCAAAUACAUUCAUUUGAUGAAAAUAAUGAGUUAUGGACUAUUAAAGAUGAUAUUGAAGAACCAAAAGAAAAAGUUGGUCGCUGGACACUCAGCUCUGGUGCAGCUAAAAAGGUAUCUAAAAGUAAAUCUGGCAGGCGCAAUAUAAGUCAUUCUAAACCAACUAACAUAGAAGAAGAAAGACUUCAAAUCCAUAGUGAAUCACAACGACUUGUACGAGAAGCUGAUGUACAUUUACCAGUCCACAGACCUAAACAAUUUAAAUGUUUCAGUGAGUUUCGUCAGUCUCUAAAAGGUUGCAAGUCAAAUGAAACCGAAAGUUGUGAAACCUCAUCUCAGAAUAAAUUACUUUCCGAUUGUAACUCUCAUCUUCCACCAAUUCCAGGACAAUCUAUCCAAAAUGAAGAGACUGAAAGUAAAAUGGAUACGAAACCAUUCGUCUCACAAUGUUGUUCAGCCGACUAUCCUGUCGACAUUGAUUGCACCACUUUGGAACCACCAUCAAUGUCAUCUGAUGCCAAACCAUCACUCGAUGUUACAAGCGAACCAGAUGUAAUAACCAGCCUGUUACCUCGCCUUGCUGCGAGGAAAUUGAAAAAUGAUGGAAGUGAAGAAUUUUUCAUAGAUUUAGGUGAAUCAAUCCCUACUUCAAUGUCAUCUGUAACUCCUAGUCAAUUAUUAGCUCGUUUAAAAUCUCAUCUUCACGUGUCUCAUGAAAAAGUUGUACGUGGACCCAUCCAAUAUUCAAUCAUAACAAAGGUACAAAGCACUGACGCUGAACGUGAAGAACUACAGGUAGAAACAGUUACACAUGAACCAUCCAAAGGAUUAUCAACAACUAUGUCAGUUAGUAGAAAACAUUGGUUGGAACACAGAAAAGUUCUCGAAGAAAAAAUGCGUCAAAAAAGGCUAGAGCAGUAUGAAAUGCGGUUAAAGGAAGAGGGUACAUGUCCAAAGUCAACAAAUGAAAAUGCUGGGGAAGUAUCCAAUAGUGACGAAGAAUGGUCAGAAGGAGAUGCAAAUGACAGUGAAAUAUCCGAUGGAAACUCAACUACCGAGGAAGAAAGUAGUAGUGAUGGUGAAAGCGAAGAAGAAGAAGAAGAAGAAGGAGGAAGUGAGUCACUUGACGACGAUGAGGAAGAUGACAAUGUAGUGGUCGGUAGUAAAAAGGCUUCAAGACAGCGUCCUUGUCUCUUUGCUGAUGAUGAAGCAGAAGAAAGUGAAAAUGACGAAGUAUUUUCAGAGGCCAAUGAUCUUGAAGAUGAAGAGGCUCUAACAUGUAAAGAUUCUGCGGAUGUAAAACAAAACAAAUCUUGCAGUAAAACUAUUAGUGUCAAUAAUCUAAACAUAGAUUUUGGAAAAAAAAUUGUCAGGUCUCACACCCCUCAGAAACAGCAUCUGCAGUUGGAUGAUUUCACAGAUCUACCACAGGAAAGCGCAGGGUUUAAACUAUUUUCAUCUUGCAAUAAUGGUUACAGUUUAAGUCUUCCACAAAGACAUCAUGGAACUCUAGGUCCUGCUGAUAUAGACCUUUUCGCAUCUGAAUGUUCUAGUAUUCUAGACAGAACUAUGAAUCCUCAGUCUAUAUUGGCCUCUACUCGUUUAGAUGCAACUACCAUCGGUGACGAAAACAAGUCUCGAUUUACCCGUAAUUCAUCUUCUCAUAGUCAAUGGAAUAAUACACCUUAUGAAUUACUGUAUUCUCAAAAACCAAACAGUCAAUUGCUAGCUUCCAGAUCAGAGUCUAUCACUCAAGAGUUCACUGAUGACAAUCAUAUAAUGACGUCUAACCCUCAUAAUAUAUCAUCUCAGGACACGGUCUUAUUAUCUCAGGAACCAACUCAACUAAUAUCUCAGCUAGAUCCUACGAUUAUAAUAUCUGAGGGAAGGAAUUCAAGUCUUCAAUCACAAGUUCUCCACGAAAACCGUCGUCAUCUGUUCGGUGAAUCAGUGAGUGACCAGUCAGGAUUGUUUGUGGACAUCCUUACAAAGUCAAGUGUCGAAAACAGCAAUGCUGAUUCUCAGGUUCACCAUGAAAAUCGUCACAAUCUCUUCAGUGGAUCGAUGUGUGACAAAUCUCAAGUAGUUGUGGAUCCGGUCACAACUAAAUCCUUUGAUGAGAAUGAUGAUAUAGAUUCUCAGGUUGUCCAUAACGAUCGUUGUAAUCUUUUUGGAGGAUCAAUCAGUAACCAAUCACAAGAACUUAUUGAUGAGACUACAAAAUCAAUCACAGAUUCCCUAACUAAUCACGAUAAUCAUCGUAUUUUGUUUGGAGGAUCAAUAGGUACUCAAUCGCAAGCUUUCAUGGAUUUGGCUGAUGAUAAUGAUCUGGAUUCCCAGAUUCGACAUGAAAAUCAUGGUAAUCUAUUCAGCGGAUCAAUAUGUGUCCCGUCACAAGAAUCAACAAAUAAAGUGAAAAACUCAAUUAUCAAUAGUAAUAAUUCAGAUUCUCAUGAAAACUGUCGUAAUCCAUUUGGCGAGUCUACAUGUGACCAAUCACAAGGCUUUGUCAAUGAAAGUGUAAAGUCAGCUGUAAAUAAUCAUGAUGAUCCAGACUUUCAGGAAUCUGAGCACCCUACUUCUGUGUUUACGACUCAAAAUUCAUCUCGUCGACGAAUUUUAGUUUUUGAUGAAGAUGAUGAAGAAGAAGGAGAAGGGAAUGAAGAAAAGAAGGAUGAUAGCUGUAUUGAACCAGCUUCACUCAUACGGAAUAAUCCUUUUAAGUCCACAUCAGAAUCUAAUUUCACUGGUGACAAUUUACCAGAAGUACUCCAUACAGAUGAUAAUGUGGAAUUAGAGGAUAAGAGCUCAAGUGUUGAUGAAUCAGAUGAUCAUACUAUUGAAGCAGGAGAUGAUGAAGAAAAUAUUGAUCCUGAUGAUAUAACUGACGAAGAUAAUCGCAGUGAUGAUGACGAGUCCUCGGAAAGAGAUGAAGAGGAAGAAAAAGACAAUUAUUUUGAUGAUGAAGAGGAAGUUCAACGUCUCACUAUACAGUCGAAUGAAACUAAAAAAAAGAAAAAAUUUCGUAUAAACGACUUUGUGGAUGAAGAAGCCGAAUUGUCUGGUGAUGAAAAUGAACGAGCAUAUUUCAUGGACGAUGAAGAUGAAUUAGAUCCCAAUGAUGAUGCUAAUGAAGAAUUCGCUGACUUAAUUGACGAAGAUGAUUCAGAUAUUCCAUCAGCUGGUCGUUUAAGACGUCAAAUUGAACGUGUACACCACCGCCUUCAAACUGAUCAAGAUCUACGUGAAAUACGUUAUCUAAAGGAACUUUAUUUUGAAGACGGUGAUUUACAUGCUGAAAAUGGACGAGUUCGUCAGAGACGUUUUCGUUGGCGCGGUUUAGAUAAUGAUGAUCCAUUUGAUGAUCAAAUAAACAUGGAUAAUAGUGGUGGUGAUGAUGAUAAUUCAAGUGAAAAUGAAAAUCAUGGUAUACCUUUUGGUCCUAUAGACAAUUGGUUACGUCGUGGUCCAAUGAAAUCCUCGAAUGAUGGAAAUAAUCAAUCCAUUGAAAAUGAUUAUUUAGAUUCUGACACAAUACAUUCAUCAUCUAAUAAACAAACAAAUGAUAAAGAUCCUAAUGAUUCAGUAUUAGAAUCUGAUGAAGAAAUGGAAAAUUCGAAAAUAGUAACUGACGACUUAUCGAAUGGUGUUUUAUCUUUAGGAAAAAAGGCUUUACUAAAAUAUCAAACGAAGUUGAAAACUCAAAUAGUUGUACGUAAUAAGUUACCAGUCAAUCGUGGAAAGACCAUCAAACCAUCGUCUAUGCUUAGAAGCCCAUUGAUCUCUAAUUAUUUCUUGCAACCCAAACCUCAUAAUCUACCUAUUAAUGAAGGUGUUACUAAUGAUACAGAUAAUAGUAAAGUUGACAAUGUUAUCAUUUCUAAUAAUAAUAAUGAUAAACCAAUUGCUCCUGCAAAAUUUAAUGUUAACAAUACUGGUAGUGAUGUAAGACUUCAAAUGAUCAGACGUGGUUCUCUAUUGAGUCGUUUUGCUGGGGGCCUUGUUCCUGGUUGUAAAUCUGAAACUACCCAGAUUCAUUCAAAUGUUAACGAUGGUUUCGAUGUCGGUUCGUCAAAAAGUGAAAGUCGUCGCGACCAAACACAUCUAGAUUUACGGAGCAAGGUCGGUCUAUCGUGCUUUAGUGUUAUGACGGCUCAAAUUAAACCAGAAAAAAUCGACCCAUUUGAUGAUAUCGGUGCAUCUAACCAGAAUUCUCUAAGAUCCCGUAAUUUCGCCAUUAAGCAAAAACGACCAGUUGAUGUGAUUAAACCUAAUUCUGUUUUGUUAAGUCCUCCAAGUUUGAAACGCCAUCGAUCUACUAGUGUGUUUACUGCUCUUCUGUGA